AUGUUGCUCGAACUUACCAUUGGUUUGUUGGUGCUAGCUUUGUUUCUGCACUUGCGUCCCACACCAACUGCUAAAUCAAAGGCCCUUCGCCACCUUCCAAACCCUCCUAGUCCAAAGCCUCGUCUUCCAUUUAUUGGUCACCUUCACCUUCUAAAGGACAAACUUCUCCACCAUGCCCUCAUCGAUCUAUCCGAACGCUAUGGUCCUUUGUACUCUCUGUACUUCGGGUCUAUGCCAACCGUUGUUGCCUCCACCCCUGAGUUGUUCAAACUCUUCCUUCAAACCCACGAAGCUGCUUCCUUCAACACAAGGUUCCAAACCUCCGCCAUAAGGCGCCUCACUUAUGACAACUCAGUGGCCAUGGUUCCCUUUGGACCUUACUGGAAGUUCAUCAGGAAGCUCAUCAUGAACGACCUUCUCAACGCCACCACCGUCAACAAGUUGAGGCCCUUGAGGACCCAACAGAUUCGCAAGUUCCUCAAGGUGAUGGCCCAAAGUGCACAGGCUCAACAGCCCCUUAACGUCACCGAGGAGCUUCUCAAGUGGACCAACAGCACCAUCUCCAUGAUGAUGUUGGGUGAGGCUGAAGAGAUUAGAGAUAUUGCUCGCGAGGUGCUUAAGAUUUUUGGAGAGUACAGUCUCACUGACUUCAUCUGGCCCUUGAAGAAGCUCAAGUUUGGACAGUAUGAGAAGAGGAUUGAUGAAAUAUUCAACAAGUUCGACCCUGUCAUCGAGAGGGUUAUCAAGAAGCGCCGAGAGAUCAUGAGAAGGAGAAAGAACGGAGAAGUUGUUGAGGAAGAACAGAGCGGGGUUUUCCUAGACACUUUGCUUGAAUUCGCUGAGGACGAGACCAUGGAGAUCAAAAUUACCAAGGAACAAAUCAAGGGUCUUAUUGUCGACUUCUUCUCGGCAGGGACAGAUUCCACAGCCGUGGCAACAGAGUGGGCUUUGGCAGAGCUGAUCAACAACCCUAAAGUGUUGCAAAAGGCUCGGGAGGAGGUGUACAGUGUUGUGGGAAAAGAUAGAGUUGUUGAUGAAGUUGACACUCAAAACCUCCCCUACAUUAGGGCCAUUGUGAAGGAGACAUUCCGCAUGCACCCACCACUCCCUGUGGUGAAAAGAAAGUGUGUGGAAGAGUGUGAGAUUGAUGGGUGUGUGAUCCCAGAGGGAGCAUUGAUACUUUUCAAUGUGUGGGCUGUAGGAAGAGACCCUAAAUACUGGGACAGACCAUUGGAAUUUCGUCCUGAGAGAUUCUUAGAAACUGGAGCUGAAGGGGAAGCUGGCCCUCUUGAUCUAAGGGGGCAGCAUUUUCAACUUCUCCCAUUUGGGUCAGGUAGAAGAAUGUGCCCUGGAGUGAAUUUGGCUACUUCUGGAAUGGCAACACUUCUUGCAUCUGUUAUCCAGUGCUUUGACCUGCAAGUGGUGGGCCCGCAAGGACAAAUAUUGAAAGGAAAAGACGCCAAAGUGAGCAUGGAAGAGAGAGCUGGCCUCACUGUUCCAAGGGCACACAAUCUGGAGUGUGUUCCAGUUGCAAGGAUUAGCGUUGCAUCAAAACUCCUUUCCUAG